AUGUCCUUGAAGCAGGAAAUCGAAACCUGGGUGCAGGCCCUUGACCACUACGAUAAUCAAGAAUAUGAUGAAGCUCUUAGGGUCUUUGGUGCGAUUGCAGAGACCUCCAAGAUCCUCUUCAACUGCGGGGUCAUCUAUGCCACGUUAGGUGAGCAUGAAAGAGCGGUUGAGUGCUACCAGCGGGCUGUCGGCCUGGACCAGUAUCUGGCUAUUGCCUACUUCCAAGAGGGAGUGUCCAACUUUCUUCUGGGGGACUUUGAGGAGGCAUUGGCUAAUUUCAAUGACACGCUGCUCUACCUCCGGGGCAACACCUCCAUUGACUAUGAGCAGUUGGGCUUGAAGUUCCGGCUCUUCUCCUGUGAGGUGUUGUUCAAUCGGGGCCUGUGCUAUAUCUACCUGCAGCAAAUGGGACCUGGCAUGCAAGAUCUACAAUAUGCAUCAAAAGAAAAAGUCACGCCCGACCACGACGUGAUCGACGAUGCUAUUCGUGAGCAAGCGGCGGGCUACACGGUCUUUUCGAUCCCGGUGGGGGUGGUGUACCGACCCAACGAGGCCAAGGUCAAGAACCUCAAGGCAAAAGACUACCUGGGCAAGUCCCGGCUGAUUGCCGCAUCCGAGCGCAGCAGCAUGCCGUCCGCAGCCAGCGAGGAGCUCAAGCGGACCAUGUCCAUGCUGGACCACCGAAAGCCAGAGACGCUGCCGUUUGCCACGUCACACCUGGUGCAUAAAAACCUGCAGAGUCGGAGCCGUCAGCAAUCGGAGCCGCCUCUGAACCGUAAUCUCUUCCCUCCUACUCCCCCGCCGGACGCAGACAAGGCGAGUACCAACAGCUCCACAGGUAGUCUCGCGAUGAACAGUCGACCGGGGUCCAUCCGAGCAGCGCGGCCACCCCGGCUCGACCUGACGGCGGGCCACAGUACAGAAACGCUGGUCGAGAAGCCGCGGAUCGGCACGACGCGCACGGCGUCCGAGUCGCGGGCAGGUCCGGGUCGACCGGGGCCGGGGCCGGGGACAGGGCCAGGGCCACGAGGGCCGGGCGAGACCCAUGGCCAUCGACGAGGCAUGAGUGAUACGGGGUUUGCCCCUACGGUGAGCUCGGAGGAGUCGUAUUCGGGCACCCGAUCGAUGCCAGCGGGCGCCACCUGGCGCCGUCAACAAGAGCGGUAUAUUGACGAGCAAGAAGAGUAUGCCAGUGAUGCAUACGAGGACAACGGACCGGACGGUGAGUUUGAGAUCAUGGGAACGCGGCCGCAGGCGUCUCCGAACCGGGGAUCGCGGCGGGGGACGUCACGACGGCCGGAGGUGCGCAAGUUCCGAGUGAAGGCGCACUCGCGAGAAGAUACACGGUACAUCAUGAUGGAGCCGACGAUUGAGUUUAGGGAGUUUGAGAGUCGGAUCCGGGACAAAUUUGGGUUCCGCACACUGCUGCGAAUCCGCAUGCAAGACGAUGGCGAUAUGAUUACGAUGGUAGACCAGGAGGAUCUAGACUUGUUGAUGGCGGGGUCGCGCGAGGUGGCACGGCGAGAGGGGAGCGAGAUGGGGAAGAUGGAGAUAUGGGUUGAGGAGCGAGGCGUGAUUUAG